AUGGCCGACAGCCACGAUAUCAAAGUCCCCUCCCCCGAAAACGUCGUUCUCCGUGGCUUAAGCAUCGGCAACACAUCCGACGAGUCCGGGCUGAGCACCUAUGAGGCGAAUCCGUGGGCGCGGCGGGGAUUUUGCGGGAACUGCGGGAGCCCGGUUAGGUUACAUUCUGCGACUAGACCAAAGGAUAUUAGUACUGUGACGGGGAGUAUUGAUGAGCGUAGUGUGAAGGGGGAGCUGAUGAAGCCGACUGAGCAUAUUUUCUUCGAGGGGAAAGCGGGGUGGUUUGAUUUGCCGGAGGAUGGGUUGGGGAGGUUUGAGAGGUUUAGUGAGGGGGAGUCUGAUGAGAAGAUUAAGGCGUGGAUGGAGGAGCAUGGGGAGAAGGGGGGUAAGGAAAAGGGGUCGUAG